AUGCCGGGCCGUACACGAAGGACCCGCGUGUUGGUCCUUGUGGUCUUCGCCCUUGUAGCGAUCGUCUUGUACACCAGAAACACCAAACCAGUCGACGACUACCGGCAGUACUUCAAGGACAAGGCCGGCGGCAUCGGAGGUGGUGCUGUGCUCCGUCCUAAGCCGGAAAAGAACCCAUAUACUCCUAAGGCUCCCGAGUCUGGACCUGAGACCGAGCAAGCACAAGCACCACAGCCUGCACCCGCACCCGAACCUCCUACCCCUCCUAAGCCUGAGACGACGACGACAUCCAGUACGACUGUUCAACAUGCGGCGAAGAGCUCCUCUGCUACGGAAGACCAUUCAGAACCCACGCCGCCUCCUCCAAAACCUGCGCAGCUGCCCGAAGAGGACUUGCCGUACGAGGUUGGCGAGGGUCGGGUAGAGAUCCCAGUGGUCAAAAACAACCCUCAGACCACAGCACUGCAUUGGUCGAAGAUGCCAGAGCACUUCCCAGUCUCUAGUACCAUACAACUUCCAACCGGCACCCCUGUCCCUAUCCCUCGCGUUCAACGCGCGGUCAAGAAGCUCGCGGAUGCUGGUGCGGACAAAGAGAGGCUGGCGGUUGUCAAAGGUGUUACCGAGCAUGCUUGGAAGGGCUACAAGGAGUUUGCGCUGGGCUUCGACGAGAUCAAGCCAGUCUCUGGCCGGGUGAACAAUCCGUUCAAUGCUUGGGGAGCAACAUUGGUGGACUCGUUGGAUACUCUCUGGAUCGCAGGCAUGGAGGAGGAAUUUGACGAGGCAGUGGCCAUUGUUGAAAAGAUCGACUUUACGACGAGCUUGAGACAGGACAUCCCCAUCUUUGAAACGACGAUCAGAUACCUCGGUGGGCUGAUUGCUGCGUACGAUGUCUCGGGAAAGAAUUACAUCACGUUGCUGGACAAAGCUGUGGAGCUAGGUGAAGUGCUCUUCAGCAUCUUCGAUACACCGAAUAGGAUGCCGCAGACUUAUUAUCGAUGGAAACCAGCAUUUGCGUCACAACCACACCGUGCGAGCAACAGAGUGGUAUUGGCUGAGAUCGGUACUUUGAGUCUGGAGUUUACCCGGCUGGCGCAGCUUACGAAAGAGCCCAAAUACUACGACGCAGUCGCACGGAUCACUGACGCUUUUGAGGAGUGGCAGAGCAGCACUCGCAUCCCGGGGAUGUGGCCCACGUCGUUCGAUGCCUCUGGCUGCAACAAGACCGCCACGCGCAUCAAGGAGGAGCAGAUGGUGCCUAUUGGAGACGAUGGAAAGUAUAUGACCACCACUGACCCCGUCAAGAACGACGGGAGCGCCAAGCUGGACAAAGAUCCAAAUGAUCUGAAGGCUGGCUUGCAAAAGAGUCUCGAUGAAAAUGUCGCUGCUCAUCAGCCAGGCGUUGGGAAGAUCCAGUCAUGGGCUGAUCCCGUCAAGGAGAAGUCGUCAAACGAAGAUCUGGGCUCGAGCAAGCGAAAGCGUGAUCUGGACGACAAUGCUGGCCUUUCGAAAGUUGUCUCGUUGGAGGGAAGGGAUGCCAACGAGCUGGAUGACUGCGUACCGCAAGGACUGGCAUCAACUUCAAAAGGUACUCAAGAGACCUACACGCUGAGCGGAGCAAGCGACAGCAUGUAUGAGUACUUGCCCAAAGAGUACCUCAUCCUUGGCGGUCUCGUAGAGCAAUAUCGCUCUAUAUACCUCGCCAGCGCCGAAACAGCCAUCGCGAAACUUCUUUACAAGCCAAUGACGAUCGACAAUCGCGACAUUCUCAUGAUUGGUGAGAUCAGAAGCAGCCCGAACUACUCCAAGCCGCUUGACAGUCGGGACUUCAUCGAGACUUUCAAGCCGGAGGCCGCACAUCUGGCUUGCUUUGCAGGCGGCAUGUUUGCCAUGGGUGGUGUCAUCUUCAACAAGCCGGAGCAUGUCGAGAUUGGCUCAAAGCUCACCGAUGGUUGCGUGUGGGCGUACAACGUGACUGCUACCGGCAUCAUGCCUGAAGGUGCAGAGCUGAUGCAGUGCGAGGAUACUUGGGGUGACUGUCCUUGGAACGAGACGGCUUACUGGGAUGUGCUUGAUCCGUAUUGGAAGACCAGGACCCAGAAGCCUACGAGGGUCGUCGACGAGACAAAGAGAGAGGACUCCGAGGCUGUCAAGGAUGAAGACUCUGACAAGCCUGACGACACCAUCGUCGGGCCUCAGAAGCCUCAGCCCAGUUUCAUCAAGCGGGGAGCAGAUGAUGGCCAGGCUUCGCCCAGCAUCGUGAAACGACAGCUCGUAGCGCCUGGCGCCGAAGAGCCAGACAUGCCUGCUGCUCCAUCAGUUCCGGAGCCACUGCCACCAGCGGAAAAGCCCAAGGUGCGUGGUGGCGCUGUUGCGGACUACACUGAAGAGCCGAUGACCCACGAAGCGUUUGUCAAGGCCAAGAUCGAGGAUGAGCGUCUCCCGCCUGGCUAUACCCGCAUCACGCAUCGCGGCUACAUCCUCCGGCCGGAAGCCAUUGAGUCGGUCUUCUACAUGUACCGCAUCACUGGGGACCAGCACUGGCGCGACGUGGGCUGGGACAUGUUCACGUCCAUCGACAGUCAUACUCGAGCGCUACAUGGCAACUCGGCAAUCGACGACAUCACGAAGGCGGCGCCCGAGAUGCUGGAUCAGGAGGAGAGUUUCUGGCUGGCUGAGACGCUGAAGUAUUUCUACUUGUUGUACGAUGAGCCGGAGAAGUGGAGUCUGGACGACUGGGUGCUGAACACUGAAGCGCAUUUGUUCAGACGACCAGAGGGCACGUUCUUGGAGGGCAAGUUUACGUGA